CACCACGAUUACGCCAUGUCUUUUCGGCAAGGACUCGGCAAGGUUUCAAUAGAAUGUUUGGCGUUUCCCACUCACUAAACUGCUAUUCGUAAAGACAUCGCCAUUACGUCGGUAUAACGAACUACCACGCUUCAAAACCGAGGAGUGCCCGAGAGGUUUCCGAAAGGAAAUAUCUGCCCUACAUUGCGAAUUUCUUAUGUUUCGCGAGGGAUUUUGAAAAAUGUACCUCGUAUUAACUGGAAAUAAAGACAGGAUUGUCAGACUCUUCGUUGUCUGCAUCUAAUUUUAGGGAUUCGAAGUGCAAUUCUGUUAAUCAGGCAAUUAAUAUGACCCUAGGUGGUAUUCACUAGUAUACCCUAAUAUAGUAUAUAUCAACUGUCAACUGUAGUUAUCAUGGAAUACUUGGAGAUAUAUUUAUCCCUGGUAAAACAAGUGUCAUUAGGAUUGCUGUGCUGUUAUGAGAUAUCAUGUUGAGUUUCAUGUGGUCUGUUGUUGAUAGACGACCAUCCCAUGCCUCUAGAAUGUGUACAUAAUUACUCGGUUGAAUUGUUGACAUAACUGCAGCCCACGCUAUCCUGACGUAGUUCUAUAUAAGAACAAUAUAUCGAGAUUCAGUUGUUAUUAUCUUGUGAGAAAACAGCAAGCAAACACUGUCAGUAAGUCCUAUUAACAAGAGUGAAGCGUUCUCGUGGUAAGCACUCCAUCAUUUAUAGGUUUAUAGUGGAUAUCACAUCGAUACGAGAUGAAAAAACAACAGAAAGACAACAAGAAACCCCCAGCUAAUCGUAAGGAAGAAAGAAGGUCCACGUAUCUCAAGGUAUUAACAGUGGCAGUAUUCGGGGCUGCUAAAGUCGGCAAGUCAUCGAUCAUCAGGAGAUUCUGUGAACCAGAAGAUUAUUGCGACGAAUACGAACCAACUGUGGAAGAUUUCUUCUCCAAACACUUCUUUUAUAAUGACAGAACAUAUCAGUUAGACAUGAUUGACACUUGCGGAUCAGAGAAUUUUCCUGCUAUGAGACGAGUAGACAUCGCCAAGGCAGAUGCCAUAAUACUCGUGUACUCUGUGGACAAUAAAAUGUCUUUUGAACAACUUUCUAUGUACAGAGACGAAAUCAUUGAAGAAAGAGGCUUUGAUAUUCCCGUUGUUGUGGUUGCAAAUAAAUCCGAUCUUGCUAUAGACAGUAGCUCACUGGAAAUAACUGAUAAAAAUGGUUGUGUAUUAAAUACACGAGAUGUUGUGCUCAAGAGAUGGAAGUAUAUGUGGACACUCACUUCUGCUAAGUUGAACUGGGCAAUUCAUGAACCUUUCCACAUGAUAUUAGAUGAAAUUCAGCGAAAAAAACGCGAGGCAGCUGAUAACAACAAUGAGUCACCUAAAAUCAAAAGGAAAACGUCAUGGUUGAAUAGGAGCUUGGGCAAAUCACUGAGAAGAACUAAAUCAACUCAAUCGAAAUUAAAUGAAUAGUUCGAUAAUUCAUGAGACUUAAAUUGGUUAGUUCCUAUAAGUAAAGGAAAAUAACUAGAAGAAAACCUAGCAAUCUCUUUAGUACGUUCACGAAAACAGUUUUAAAACCAUCAUGUUACCAAAUCAAACAACCAAUAUCACUUGAUCAAUGAURUGCUAUUUAUUCAUCAUAUCAAGCAGGCCCUUCGAUAAUAUCCAUUGUAUGAAACAUGGAUUUUAGUGCAAUUAAUACUAUAAUUUAUGAGUAAAAUGUAAAUACUAUGAAUUGUA